AUGUCUUUCUUACUGUUUGAAUGCCGUGUCGCGCUGUAUGCAUUCUGCAUCUGUUUCUCGGCAGUUCUUGCACGGCUUCUCCUCGUCGCACUUGAUCUUGAGCGACCGGCAACGCUCGCAGGCUGUGUAGUCCGCGUGGGCCUGACGGCGGCCGCUGGUGUAACCGGAGUUGUUGCGGCGGCGGCGACACGUGCGAAAGUCCGUGAGGCCGCACCGGCGCUGGCUGAUGUAGCUGCGCAUCAGGACGUAUAUGCGGUGGCUCCUGGGGGCAGUACGGAUGCUCCUGAAAAUGUGAAGGCGACGGCUCCGGAGCGUGUGGCAGCGGCGGCUGAGGAGGCCAUGUUGGCUGCCCACGUUGGGCAACGGCGUCAACCCUCGUAUGCAGUUGGUUUCCGUCUAGGUGUUGCGACGGGGUAUGUGUCGGUCGCUGCUGCUGUAGGCCAUAAGCAACGCUGGCUGAGAUCUCAGGCUCAGAAUGGGUGUUGGCUGCGCAGCUCAUCUGAUGCUGUUCGUGGGACGUGUUACCGCAAGGAUGCCGUGUAG